GUCCUAGCAGGAAGUCCUGUUGUCUCCAGCUAUCUGCAGCUGGCUUGAUGCUAGUGUGACUAGCUCACGAUCACUGCUGAAGGACGGAAACAAACACAGUCACUGCUCAGAUCACUCUCCCAUCUUCUCCCACCGUCUCCCAGCGAGAUAAUAUCAUCCUAGCAGAGACUUGUCCAAACAGAAAAGCCUUUGGUCAUGUCAGGACAGAGGAAAGGAGCUGCAGCCCGGCUGCUCAAAUGUGCCUUCUGCAGAACCAACCGGGACAAGGAGUGCGGCCAGCUGCUACUGUCUGACAGCCAGAAGGUGGCAGCCCACCAUAAGUGCAUGCUUUUCUCCUCUGCCCUGGUCACAUCUCACUCAGACAGCGGCAACAUUGGAGGAUUUUGCAUUGAGGAUGUGAAAAAGGAGAUCAAGAGGGGAAAUAAACUGAUGUGUUCUUCAUGUCACCGACCGGGCGCUACGAUCGGCUGUGAUGUGAAAACGUGCCGGAGGACGUAUCACUAUUACUGCGCUCUGAAGGACAAAGCUCAGAUCAAAGAGAAUCAAUCACAAGGGAUUUACCUUGUUUACUGUCGCAAACACCGGGAUGCCGCUCACGAUGGCAUUCAAGAUGAAGAGGAAGCUGUGGCCAAUGAUUCAGACUCAUUGCCUCCACAAAGUAGGGGCAGAGGAAGGUUUGAGAAAGGGAGGGCCAAGGCGGGAUCUCGUGGCAAAUCGGAAGACGCCCGCUCCACUUCCUCGCAGGCUGCAGACGAGGAGAGUUCCUCCCAUCGGGACAGGUCCCCUCUUCGGGCCAGCCCGGGAGAUGGCGGCCAGCGCUGUGGCUUCUGUCACGCUGGGGAUGAAGAGAAUGAAACGAGGGGCAUGCUUCAUACCGAUAACUCAAAAAAAGUGGCAGCACACUACAAGUGUAUGCUUUUUUCAUCGGGGACAGUGCAGCUGACCACCACGUCACGGGCUGAAUUUGGAAACUUUGAAGUGAAAACAGUCAUCCAGGAAAUCAAGAGAGGGAAAAGAAUGAAAUGCACUCUGUGCACUCAGUUGGGCGCCACCAUCGGGUGUGAAAUCAAGGCAUGUGUGAAGACCUACCACUAUCACUGCGGCCUGCAGGACAAAGCCAAGUACAUUGAAAACAUGGCACGUGGAAUCUACAAACUAUAUUGUAAGAACCACAGUGGCAACGAGGAGAGGGAUGAAGAAGAUGAGGAACGAGAGAAUCGCAGUAGACAGAAGGCAGCAAACAACCACGGAGGCACACCGUCAACGCAAGUGAAUGGCAACUAGGUUGGCCUGACGGACGUGACGUGGGGUGAAAACAGAAGAACUCAAAGGAGGGCGAGAUAUUUUUUAUACUGAAUCUUAGCCCACUCACAAAGUCGUGGUCUACAAGCUCCCACGAGUCCUUCACACGGUUUCCUCCAGUAAAUGGACAUGAUGUCCCAACGUGCACCAGAUGUCUUCUACAUGUGAAACCCUGUUUUGAGUUGACUGGAUGAGCUUUUCACAGACUGGUGGUACUCUGCAGAGCGCCGGACUGCCGCAGGAUCAUGAAAAGCCAUGGCUAACCUUUCCCAAGAGCCAGUGAUGGGCUCAAUUUCAAAUACAUGUAUUCUUUCCGUGAAUAAGAGCUGAUGGACUGAUCUUCUGAUUGUCACUCACUGCCCAUGUCCCCACAGAUUACUCUCGCUCUUCCUUCGCUUCUAAAGGACUCACUUUUAAGAGGGGUCUGUUUGUUACUAGUCUCUCUAUCAAGUUGUGCAGUUUGAUUACCUUGUUUCUGUAAUCACGUCUUAAGAAUACUCUUUUCAUGUUAGCUUUUCUUUCUUGAUAUGUAAUAUUUUGCUACUGUAUUAUCAUCAUGAGUCAUUUUGAAUAUCUGGAUUUCAGACAGUCGCAUUUACAAGUUUCGCCAGCAUGCACUUGGAUUCUCCCACUGUUCAAGGUGGCAUUUUUUUAUUUAGCUACUAAAGGGCAAAGUAGAGCUCUUUAGAGGAGUUGGCUUGACUUUGUUUGAUGUACUGUUACUUGUAUCUCUACAAAUGUAUCCAUGAAUGAUUGGAAAUAGAACAUAUUUUAUUUUACACAUUUA